UGAAUUUUACGUUAUGUAUGUGAUAUUAGAUGACAAAUAGUAAACCAUCAAAAAAUAGAAUGGUUUACUAUUACACCUCAGGAAAUGUGAAAAUGGUAAGAAACAUAUUAAUCGAUUAUGGCUCUGCGGUCGCAGUUGCGCCCCACGAAUACAUGAAGUCGUACAUCGAUAAGUGUCCGAAAGACACGGAAGAUUCUAAACUAUGCUGGGUUGCCGAAACGUUUCUAGGCAUUCAGAAGCACGGUCAAUUCUUAAAAGACAUAGCUUUUCACCUGCCCGAGGAACUUUCAGAUGAAGAUAAAGACUUUUACAUGAUUUUGUUCCACGCUGUAAUCUUUCUAAUCAAACCUAAAGAUGUGAAUCUUCUGUACAAAUGUCUGUUUAAUUUAAGCAAGCCUUUGUUGGAUACGUUUACUUCCUUCUUGAGUAACGACGAAGUGUUGACUUUCUUGGCACACAUUGGUAAAAAUUAUUAUGAUGCAAAUUAUAUUACCGAAAAACUUACAAGUCCCUUAUAUACGUGGCAACCUUACAUCAGUGAAAUGGCUAAUACUUAUGCAGAAUAUGUUAAAAAGAUGGAAUCCCGUAGGAUAAAGCCACCAACUGUGCCAAUAGCACCUAGUCUGUUGAAUAGAAAAGGACUACAUUCAGCCAGUUGCGCAACUCGUCCUUUACCUUCAUCGGCAGUCUCGUUACCUCAUGUGUCAAACCCUAAGACAAAACGGAUUGUAUCCAGAAAUGAUAUAGAUGAAAAAUUGAAAAAAAGCUAUGAGAAAAAUAAGCAGAAGGCCAACCACUUAUUAAACGAUGUUAAAAAUAUAGAGUGUCAUUAUGCUGUGGUUAAAUCGAAAGCAUAUUUUCAAAAACUUCAUAGUAUCAAAGAAGAGAUAAAAAACUCAAUAAAACCAAUACUGAAAGUUCAAAGCACAUACUCAGUAAAAAAAAUAUGCCAACCAGUUAAAGACACUGCAGCCACUAUCAAGCGGAUGAAUAAAAGAAUUCAAUUAGCUGAACAAGAAGAAGUUCAGUGGUUUAACAAUGUUAUAAACUGCAAAAAUACUGCAAAAAUAGAGGCAUUACAAGAAUUUGACCGCCAAGAGAACGAAAGAGAACGAUUACUUGACAUAGAAAAGAAACAUUUAAUGGGCCAAAUUUCAUAUGAAGAAGCAUUAUUAGCUAAACAAAGAGUCGUUGUUGAAAACAAAAAGAAAUAUGAACAGUUCCUGAUAGAAAAAGAAAUGUGGAAUGAAGAAAUAGAUAAUUGGAGAAAAAACGAAAUGAAAAAAAAUCGCAAGCAAAUGGAAAAAUUGUCUCUGUUAGAAUUACAUGUAUUGCAAGCUAAACACAAUAUUGCAUUGAAAAAUAAAGAAGCUGCCGAAAAUUUUAAGAGACGGAAUCAGAUGUUGUUAGAUAAAGCUUUAAAAGAUAAACAGGAUGAGUUAGACCGUAGGGUUAAAAUGAUAAAGGAGUUCAAAAUACUUGCUAUUAUAGCGAAAAAAGCAAAAGUACCAAAAAUUAUAGACUUGACAGAAACAUCUGGCUUAGGUUUACUGUGUGAAAUGUCAAUGGCAGAACUUCAAGAAAGAGUAAAUGCAAUGAAAAUAGGUUUACAUGAUGAACUAGAACGAAAAAGAAAUACAAUAAAAGCAGUGAAUGAAGAGAAAAAAGAAGAGUUAAAAGAAACAAAAAAGUCCAUCGAGUUUUACAUGAACGAAAAAGCUACAUUGAGAAAACAAAUCAAAACCAACACUUCUAGCACUGAAAAAGCGUCUUCAAAGGAAAUAGACGAUUUGAAGAAAACUCUAAUGGAAAAACGGAAAUUAAGAAUGAAAAUGUCUAAGUAACGUUAUUGUUCGUCUAG